GGACAGGACUCUUGUUUUUUUCUUCUUCUUUUUCUUAAAGCCUCCUUUAAUUUGCCGCAUCAUAAUGGAAUGAUUUAUAUAUAUAUAUAUAUAUAUAUAUAAGAAGAACACAGGCAUAUUAUAUCCAUGCCAACACCCAACACACUUGAUCAGUUAGGUUGCACAAACACGCCAAGAGCUUUAUUUAUGGUUUCCCCCCAUCAUAUAAGCAGCUAGCUUUGCCUUCAACUUGUCUCCAUCUCUUGGGCAAAGCAAAAACCAAGCACAAGCACAAGCCGAGGGUCGAUGACGAUUCUCAACGGGGCACCAAAUGGUCUCUUGGAAAGGUCGAAGCCAUUCAUUGCCAUUACAUUCUUGCAAAUCGGGCUUGCCGGAAUGGACAUCUUGUCCAAGGCUGCCCUGAACCAAGGAAUGAGCAACUACGUGCUCGUUGUCUAUCGUCAUGCGGUCGCCACUCUUGUCAUUGCCCCGUUUGCCCUCAUUUUUGAUAGGAAAGUAAGACCCAAGAUGACAUGGUCCAUAAUGAUCAAGAUAAUGGUGCUCGGCUUACUAGAGCCUGUGAUAGACCAAAACUUGUACUUCUUAGGGAUGAAGUACACAACGGCUACCUUUGCGGCGGCCAUAAUCAACAUCCUUCCUGCCAUCACCUUCGUCAUGGCUUGCAUAGUCGGGUAAAUGAAUUCUUUCAAAGGAAUCAAUGAAGCCAGAUUAAUUGAUCGCCUUCUUCAUUGCCUAGCGCAGCUUAGUGGUUGGCGUUUAAUUUGUAGGCUGGAGAAGGUCCGACUCAAGUCUGUCCACAGCCAGGCAAAGGUGACGGGGACGACGGCGACGGUGGCAGGAGCCAUGGUGAUGACACUAAUCAAAGGUCCAGUGGUGGAGUUGUUGUGGACAAAGGGCAGGACCUUCCACGCCGGGCAGGGGACUGCUGGGGUUGACCUCCACAGCUCCAUCAAGGGUGCCCUUCUGAUCACCGUAGGGGCGUUUAGCUGGGCCGGUUUUGUGAUUCUGCAGGCCAUCACUCUCCAGACGUAUCCAGCUGAACUGUCUUUGACUGCUUUGAUUUGCCUAAUGGGCACCGUAGAAGGGGCCAUAGUGGCGCUUGUGAUGGAAAGAGGGAACCCUCAAGUUUGGGCUCUCAACUGGGAUACCAAGCUCCUUGCCGCAGUAUACAGUGUAUGUGGAGAUGAUCAUCCUCAUAUUCAUCAACAACACAAAAUCAUGCAUCAUUCAUAAAUAAGACACUAACCAACCAACCAAAAUGCAGGGGGUGGUGUGCUCAGGAUUGGCUUAUUACAUUCAAGGGUUGGUGAUGAGAGUUCGAGGCCCUGUGUUCGUCACGGCUUUCAGCCCGCUUUGCAUGGUGGUGGUGGCCAUAAUCAGCUCCAUCAUUUUUGCAGAACAAAUGUUUCUCGGAAGGGUAGUAGGAGCUGCAAUCAUAGUAGCAGGGCUGUAUCUGGUAGUUUGGGGUAAAAGCAAGGACUACGAUGAUCAAAUCACUCCUUCAAAGCCAGAUGAACUACAAGUGAUUCCGACCACCCAAACUCCAUGCGGCCACAGAGGAAACUACAAUGAUCAUAACCAUCAUCAACAUGAUCUGACAAUUCAUCAAGCUUCAGCUGUAACAAUCAAGGACCAAAGUUCUACAGACCAUCAGGCUGACAUUCCACCUAAUUUAACUACUACUGCCUAGAGAAUAUGCUAACUAUGGUAUAUCCUUAGCGAGAGCAAACCAAGAAUGUACGCACUCGCUAACUUAAUUAAGAGGGAAAUCUUCUGUAUUAACUAUCUCCCAAAGAUUGUCAUCAAUAUUGCAGGAACUUGUUUCAUUUGCUCUUCGCCAAACAGAAUAUUUGGGUUUGGAGAAGAAUAUUAGUUGGCCACACAACACUUACUUCAGAUUCAGGAUCCUCUAAUAAUCCUAACAAGAAUCAUAAACAACGCAUAUAUCAUCUACAAAAGUCCCAGCUUAACUUUUCUUAGGGUUCAAUGGCGUGGAGCCCGUUCCCAUCCCACUCUUUGCCCCGGUAUCCAAGCAUAGUCCGUUCUCCUAGUCCAAAAAUCCAAUUGAACCGACUCUGUUUUGCAAUAUGAAUUACGAUUAUCAUCUUGUACAUGAAUCUUGGGAGUAGAUGUGAUUUGGGCCCAAAUGUACACAUUUUACCCCUCAUUUUUUAUCUGUUUAGCUUAGUAUUUCAUAGUUCCUCGACAUAUUUCACGCUAGGUU